AUGAACCUUUCACUCGUCGACCCAUUUGUCCUGGCCCAGGAAUACCCGGAUACAUUGACCGAAAAGCUGAGCAGCGGCCAUGCGACAUGUCUCAGCUUCAACAACAAGGGCGAUUACCUUGCCUCCGGACGAGUGGACGGCACAGUGGUGAUCUUCGACAUUGAAACCAAUGGUGUGGCGCGCAAACUGCAAGGCCAUACACGACAGAUCCAGUCUCUCAGGCAAGUCCAUAAGUAUACUGGAAUGAGCCAGGCUAACUCAGAUCCAGCUGGUCUCGCGACGGUCGAUACCUCCUCACCUCCUCACAAGACUGGAAAUGUAUUCUAUGGGAUCUCCAAGAUGGCUCACGAGUCCGUACACCUCCUCUUUGUCGCCUCCCUCUUCGAAGAUCAACCUGUCCUAGUGGACGUCUCCUCCCCAAAACCAAUCAAGCGCAUCCUCCCCAGCGCCCCGCUCCGACCCCAACCAACAAACGGCGAAGAAGUCGACCCAGCAGUAGCAGCCAAGCAAGCAGCCCAAGACGCAAAGCACUCAACCUGCGUGACAAUCUUCACGGCCUUCGGAAACCACAUAAUAGCAGGAACAUCCAAAGGCUGGAUAAACAUAAUCGAAACGCAAACCUGCACAACAAUCCACUCAAUGCGCCUCUGCAACGGCGUAGUAAUCCUCCUCCGACUCGCUAGCAACGGCCGCGACCUGCUAGUCAACAGCUCAGACCGAGUAAUCCGCACAGUCCUCAUGCCAGACCUCUCCCAACUAGGAAUCGACCUAGAAGCAUCCGCGAUAAAACUACACGUGGAACACAAAUUCCAAGACGUGGUCAACCGCUUAAGCUGGAACCACGUAACAUUCUCGUCGACGGGCGAAUUCGUCACAGCAACGACCUUCAUGAACCCAGACAUCUACGUCUGGGAGCGGAGCCACGGGUCCCUGGUCAAGAUCCUGGAAGGGCCACGCGAAGAAUUAGGCGUCGUGGAAUGGCACCCAUCAAGACCAAUGGUCGUCGCCUGCGGACUAGAAACAGGCUGCAUAUAUACAUGGUCAAUCGUCUCACCGCAGAAAUGGUCAGCCCUGGCACCAGAUUUCGGCGAGGUAGAAGAGAAUGUGGAAUACAUGGAAGCAGAGGAUGAAUUCGACGUUCAUCCAGCUGAACAGGUCCACCAGCGACGAUUAGAUCAGGAGGAUGAAGAGCCAGACGUUGUGACUAUCGAUUCGGUAAAAGGUGAUGUCGAAGCUGACGGCGUAGAGCCGUUCAAUGUGCCUAUCCUGCUUGAUGUUGAAGAUAGUGAUAGUGGCGAGGACGUUAUUGCCGUUGGACCUGGAACUAUGAGGAGGCGGACGCCUGGUGCUGGGCGGGAGGGGGUGAAUGGGACUGCAAAUGGGGAUGUUGAGAAGGAGGGUGCUAGCGGGAGGGCUGCCAGGAGUCGGCGGCGAUGA